AUGGCGGCCGAUAGCUCACUCAAUCAACUUCAGACCCAGCGCAAACUUCAAGUUACUGACUUCACUGCUGUUCCCGCCAUUGCCACCGCCGCUAUCCCAGCUGAUGUCUCCGCCGAUAUCCCCGUCAAGGUCCCCGCUAAUUUGCCCGCCGAUGAUGUGCCGCCCGCCGAUGUCCCCACUGAUGACACCACUGAUGGCACCACUGAUGACACCACUGAUGACACUUACUAUGAUUAUCCUACUCCUGACCCCUCGAAGGUGACCCCGAUCGUGACGGUGGUGACCGUCAGUGGCUCGUUACACAAGUUCGAGAAGCCGUAUUGCUUCAACCUCAAGGCCAACGGGCGCGGCACAAGAGCGAAGAGCGUGACGGUGUGGUGGGACGGAAUGCCGAAUCUUCCUGGCAACGUGAUGAAGGCCCUCCGCGGUGGCAAGGGCGGCAAGCGGACUCGAGUCUCAUCAUGCGACGAGGUGGUGUUCAUCUCAGGAAUGGACUGCUUCGGCAACGUCGUUGGACCCGAAAUGACCAAGCCCAAGGCCAACCCUCAGCGAAAUAUUUUCCGCCUCCCCAAAUCUACCACCGCGUCCGUCAAGCGACAGCAUGUGGGAGUUGCGUACAAGCAGCAGACGCUCUGGGGCGCCCCUCCUCCCCGAAACGCUACUUCCCACAAGCGCCCUGCUCCUUCGGCCGAUCCGAAGCCACCCACCGCUCUGGCGGAUGCUGAGUAUGAAUCGGUGAAGAAAACGUUUGAGGCGCACACCGCGUACGGGGCAAAGGGUGAGGGUGCUCGGGAUCUCCAGAUCGGCAGCAUCCACACUCACACCUCCUCCCGUGCACACAAGCAGGCGUUGGAGAGUCAAGAGAAGGCGGAGGCGGAGAAGGCGAAGCAGGCCACGAUCACACGAUGGCAGGCCACGGACGCUUCCACUCGUCACGUCAUUCGGCUCCUCCACAUCGCGCACUUUGUCUGUAAGGCCGACGCACCCAUAGCGAUGUUUGUCCCGCUGUGUUGGUUUCAGGCGAAGGAGGGGUUACCAGACCUCCCGCCCGCUGGCGGCUACGGCGCGUACUACACAGAGGAGGCACUCGCUGCCAGUGAUGCUGCUGAAGAGGUACCUGAGCUGCUAAUGAUCGACGAUGUCGUGCGCGCCUUCGCUGACCACAUCGGUCGCAGCAGCGUGGACUACGCGAAGUUUCAGGAGCUGCAGCGGAUCUUCUGCCAGACGAAUCUCGAGGCGCAGGGGAUUAGCGACACACGAUGGCUCGCCCGUGGUGAAGCGAUACAGCGCCUGCUCGACGUGCUCCCUACGGCCAUAGUGGUGAUGAAGGAUUACAAGGCGGAUCUGUACGAGGUGGUUACCUCGUUCAAGUUCCACUGGCUCAUCCGAUUUCUUGCGGAUGUGCUUUGGGAACUGAACUGCCUUAACCAACGCUUCCAGCAGCGCCAGGUACGGGCCUUUGUUGCUCUCGUCUAUGUUGUCGCAUGCAAGCACGUGUACUACCUAACUCGCUGUCAUGCCCGUCUGCAGGUGGGCAUUACCCUUGUUGCGCACAUCGUGCAGCAGACAAGGAUGCGUCUGAAGACGCGGUAUUCCCUCCGCGACCCUAAACACCAUUUCGGCAGCAGGGAGAAAAUGCAGCUCCCCGAGUUCAUUCAGAGGCACGGGGCAAAGGAUAAGCGCGAGAUGAAUGCGGAGGGCGUAGACGGGGACGGGAAUCCCGUCACGUUUGAGUUCACGUUGCACGAGCGCCCGCUGCUAGGACACGAAACGGAUGGUGAUGUCACGGCGUGCGUCGAGCUGUCGAUUAAGUAUGUGCGCGCCAUCGAUAAAGAGCUGGAGUGGCGGAUGCACGACCUGGAGCUGCUGGAAGGUUCGAAGCUGUUUCGCACAGCUUCGUACGUGUCCGACGACACAAAGCGACUGGAAACCUUCAAGAAGUGGCUCGGCCAGCUGCACAAGCUGUACCACCACAAGCUGCCAGGUAAGCCUUCUGCAGCGACUGCGCAUGUUAUGAUGUGUGUUGUCGCAACGAUGUCUGACAUGAGGUUGACCAAUACACAUACUGCAUACUGUUGCUUGUUGGACUAA